GAGCGGGGCCGGAAUCACUCGUUAAUGCUACAACUGAUGCAUUUGCCGCAUGUGUGAAUGUGCUCCGACCGCAUGCUAGCGUGAUCAAACGCGCACGGUUAAACUGCAUGUAUCCUGCGCUCGUGCGACUCCUGUCUCACGAAGUAUUGCAAUAUUGCAUGAGUGGAAAGGGCUGAUUGUGUGCUCAUCUGUCUGCUCUGAUAGUGGCCUAAACCUGCGCCAUCGAGCUCCUCAUCUCCUUCACACGCAGAUCAGAGUUUGCAUUGUGUUCUGCUAUUUCGUUUGCAUCCAGUUUACUCAGAGACUCGCAUGCAUCGUGUAUGGUGUGCUGAAGGAGCAGGCCUGGCUGUGAUGCAUGGGUGGGAUGCAAGUAGUCCUCUGUCCGCCAGCAUCUGGCCAUUUUGCGAUGAUCAGCAUCGGCUGGUCACAGUAUAAUGUGGGUUUUCCACAUGCACAGAUACUCGAAAGGCAGGCGGGAUGUCAUGAAAACGCAGUAUGUUCCUCACUAAGUGCUGAAGAGGACAAUGGCUGUUCCUCCAACAUAUGUAGACCUGGGCAAGUCCGCCAGGGACAUCUUCACUAAAGGAUAUGGUUUUGGUCUGAUCAAGUUGGACUUGAAAACGAGGUCAGAGAAUGGAUUGGAGUUCAAGAGCUCCGGAUCGGCCAACACCGAGACCAGCAAGGUAGCAGGAACACUGGAGACCAAGUACAAGUGGGCAGAACACGGCCUGACCUUCACUGAGAAGUGGAACACUGACAACACUCUGGGCACGGAGAUCACUCUGGAGGACCAGCUGGCUAAAGGACUGAAGUUGACGUUUGAUUCCUCCUUUUCUCCGAACACUGGAAAGAAGAGCGGGAAGAUCAAGAGCGGCUACCAGCGCGAGCACAUCAAUCUGGGCUGUGAUGUGGACUAUGACAUCAAUGGCACCGCGGUGCACGGAGCCGUGGUCGUGGGCUUCGAGGGCUGGCUGGCCGGGUACCAGAUGACUUUCGAGGCUGGGAGGAACCGGGUCACCCAGAGCAACUUCGCUGUGGGCUACAAGACCGACGAGUUCCAGCUCCACACAAACGUGAAUGAUGGAACAGAGUUCGGUGGCUCCAUUUACCAGAAAGUGAACGAUAAUCUGGAGACGGCGGUCAACCUGGCCUGGACCGCCGGCAACAGCAACACCCGCUUUGGCAUCGCUGCCAAGUAUCAGAUCGAUGCCGAUGCUUCCUUCUCAGCCAAAGUGAAUAAUUCUAGCCUCGUCGGCCUGGGAUAUACUCAAACCUUGAAGCCUGGUAUUAAGCUGACCCUUUCUGCUCUUCUGGAUGGGAAGAACAUUAACGCAGGUGGCCACAAACUGGGUUUGGGCCUGGAGUUCGAGGCAUAGGAAGCUGAAGAGUGCAAUAAUCCUGGCUUGAUUUAUUUAUUUAUUUUUGAAUACCUACCCUCACCUUGUUCCUCUUAGAUGCCCUGGCCAAGGACACGCACUAUACUCUUGUCAAACAAUGCAUUAGUGAUGGCUCACUUCUUCAGAGAGUGCAGCAAAUGCAUAUUUACUAGGUCACACAGAACGAAAGAAGAGCAUUUAGAAAUGGCUCGAAAAAUGUAUUUUCAAUACACUCAACAUUAUUUAUUACAGUGUUGAUCAUGACAGAAUAGUUUAAUUUUUGGGAAGCGUCUAGAAAUGCAGACGUUUGCAUCAGACAACACUAAUAUUAGGUCACAACAUUCCUGAUCUACGCUUUUCACCCCGACGAAGCUUGAACGAAGGGACCCGUGUGUAACAGAUGACACUCAGAGGGCUGCUGUAGGAGCCCUUCACGUCUUUAGUUGUAGACACCAGACUUUUGGGUGCGUUUCGUGUUUUUGUCUCGUCUGUGUGAGUGAAACCACAUGUGUAUCUCGUCCAUUAUGGUUUCUCCGCUGCAUACUGCCUGUACCUUUGAUGGCAAAACUCUUUCAGCUCUCCCUGAACUAAAGGAGGUUGGAAACCAGCUUCUGACGUGUAUUGGGGAGAGCAGAAAAGAUCUGAAUGAGUGGAUGCAGUCUUCCGUUUUUAAAUGUAGGAUUAGAAUACUGUGGGUUUGGCAGUAUGGAUACUUUCAUUGAAUAAAACAUUUCAACUCGGACCACACUA